AUGGAAGCCGAGCAAUGCCGCGAUUCUGCGCGAAAUGUCAACGUGGCGCUGCUCAGUGGCCAGACGGUUUCCCUGUGUGCCUUCCUUGCUUGGACCGUGGCCGACUUGAAACGCAAGGCGCAGCAGGAGCUCAAAGUUGGAAUUUGCCGGUUGAUCACGGCUCAAGGUGAGGUUUUGGCAGAGAGUCAGAGCCUCCAUUCUACUGGAAUCAGUUGUGGCGACACCUUGACUGCUACUGUUCGUCCUCCCCGGCUCGUGUCAACACGGCGCUCACUAGCGUUUGGCUUGCUACGUGGCUGCGGAUCGGUUGUGACUUGGGGCCAUCCAUCCUGUGGUGGCGACAGCUCUUCAGUGAGGGGGCAGUUGCAAGAUGUCCAGCAGCUAGUCCUGUCGGUGAGCGCUUGCGCCGCCAUUCUCGGGAACGGUCGCGUAGUGACCUGGGGAGAUCCACUGCAGAGCAACUUGACAGAGGAGCUGCAGGAGGAGCUGCAGGACGUCUGCCACAUCCAGGCAUCCUUCGGAGCCUUCGCAGCCUUGCGGCGCGACGGCCACGUGGUGAGCUGGGGCAACCGAAGCGAGGGCUCUGACAGCUCCGAAGUACAGGAGCAGCUUCGCAAUGUCACGAAACUGGCUAGUACUCGGUGCGCUUUCGCUGCAACCCUUGACGAUGGUCGCGUGGUCACCUGGGGUGAUGCUUUCGGAGGUGGUGACAGCCGUGACGUGCAGCAGCAACUGAAGGGAGUGACAGAGGUUCAAGGCACCGACUUUGCUUUCGCUGCCAUCAUCCGCGGGGGUCGUGUUGUCACAUGGGGCGAUGCCUUCGGCGGCGGCUGCAGCAAUGGCGCACAGGAGCGACUCUGUGAUAUCCGGCAACUCGUGCCUGGAUGCCGUGCCUUUGCGGCACUGCGAGGAGAUGGUGGCGUUGUCAGUUGGGGCGACCUUUUCAGCGGCGGCGACAGUAGCGCAGCACAGGAUCAGCUCCGGGACGUUCGCAAGAUCGUAGCCUCCUCCUGUGCCUUUGCCGCCCUCCUUGCGAAUGGCACUGUGGUGACCUGGGGCGAUCCAUUCAACGGCGGUGAUGCACGAGCUGUCCGCGAUCAGCUGGCGGAGGUUCAGGAGGUGGUCGCCUCCUCCUGUGCGUUUGCGGCGCUGCUCUCCAACGGAACGGUGCUGACUUGGGGCGACCCCGACCAGGGUGGCAACAGCAAGCUGGUGCAGCACCAGUUGACCAACAUUCAACAAGUGGAGGCCUCUUGCUCGGCCUUCGCCGCCAUACGCGGAGAUGGCCAUGUGGUGACCUGGGGGAAUCCGACGGUUGGAGGCGGUGGAGUCGUCGUUUAA